AUGGUUCUGAGUAAUGACCAAGCGGAAGCCGUUCGACUGGCGGUCAGCAACGAGCCGAUUGUGGCCAUUCAAGCGGCUCUUGGCAUAGAUAAGAUGGUGGCGGGAGCUAUAAUAGCGGCGCUCUUCUCGUCGCGACCACCAUCAACAGUAGUUGUAACAGCAACUCUAAUGCGGCGGUUGCCCAAUUUACAGAGACUUUAUCUCGAUGACUUCGCUCAUCUUGAGGUUGUUCGCUAUUUAUCGGACACCGCAGCGUCCGACAACCUAUAUCCCACGGGGGUAGACCUAACUGUAGUCCUAAAAUCGCUCGGCGAUCGUUAUGAGGCUCAGCUCGGUGCAGCUGAGCGAGAAUUCUGUAGAGGAUUCAAGGAGAAACGAGAGCUCCUUGAGCGGUGCCUAGAAGACCCCACUAUGUUCCUCUACAUGUCCGAAGAGGGCCAAAACGAAUAUGGGAUUGCGGAGCGCUCCGUCUCCCAACCCAUAGAGAAAAUGGUUAUGCUUAUGUUCCGUGUCCAACGUCCGGCCAUCCUUUGUCUCACUGCGGGCUCGCUGCUGAAUUCGACGGACCUGGCAAACGGCCUCUUUCGUAGAUACUCGAGCUCCUUUGGUGCAAUAAUAGGAGACGAAGCGUCUCAGGUACCCGGGCCCGCCCUGGCUGCCAUAGCUAGCCGCAUUCCGGAAGCGAAGCAGUGCUACAUAAGGGAUAUACACCAACUUGAGCCCCAUGCUCGAUGUCAACGAACUUCGACCAGUCAUUUUUGGCGCUCGCAACGUCAUGAGUGUCCUAGUGGGAGCCGAAGCCGUGCCGGUGUCUCUUCUGGUUACAACCUUCAGGGCGCACCCCGCUCUAAAUGCGCUCCCUAA